AUGGUAGAAACCUCUGAAAUAGCUACUGGGACUACAGUUCCCCUUCCUACUGUCAAUAUAUCCUCUUCUGAAUUGAUUAACCCUGCUCAUCCUUACUUCAUAUCAACUUCUGAUUCUCCUGGUACUUUGCUAGUCAAUACUGUUUUUGAUGGCAAGAGCUUUGGUGGAUGGAAGAGAGGGAUGUGGAUAGCCUUGACUGCUAAGAACAAAUCUGGUUUCAUUGAUGGAUCGACUGUGGAACCUGAAGUAGGAAUAGACCUCCAUCGAGCUUGGUCCAGAUCUAACAACAUGGUAAUUUCUUGGUUAUUGAACUCUCUUUCUAGAGAAAUUUCUGAAAGUGUCUUGUAUUACUCCACUGCUAAAGAUAUUUGGGCAGAAUUAGAAGACAUGUUUGGUCAGAGCUCUGGCCCUCAUCUUUUCCAGCUUCAAAAGGAACUGAGUGACCUUGUCCAAGGGUCAUCUGAUAUUGCUGCUUACUAUACCAGGAUUAAGCGACUCUGGGAUGAAUUGGAUACUUAG